AUGUCAUCGUCAACCGAAACACUCCGUCGUACCCGCUUCGUCCUCAUCUCCGACACCCACAAUCACACACCCGCCCUACCCCGUGGCGAUGUCCUCAUCCAUGCUGGUGACUUGACGAACCAGGGAUCAUAUUCCGAGGUACGUUGGCCCCUCUUUGAAGGGAUGAGCCUGUAUCUCCAGAAUCACCUCAGCGUCUCCGGCCGCCGCCGUCGGUAUCUCCAGCAGCGGUAUUCAUGCUCAACUUGGCCUUACGCCGACAACUGA